GGGCGGGCGGCCGUGGCUGCCACGUUGCUGCCGGCGGCUUCGCGCCGCGCGGCCAGGAGGGGGAGAGGUUCGGCAAAGUCCGGAAGCGCUCGGCAAUGGCCGGAGGCGGCUUUUAAGGAGCGGCGCGGCUGCCGGCUCGCCCUGCCCCGCUGUCGCUCGGCGCGAGGGGCUCGUUAGCGCCGCCGCCCCGCCUCGCCCCGCGCUCCGCGGCGCCGGCAGGGAAGGGGCAGGGGCGCGAUGCUGGCCGACAGCCUGGUGGAGGAGUUCGAGAUCCGCGAGGAUGAGCCGUGGUACGACCAGCAGGACCUGCAGCAAGACCUCCACCUUGCUGCUGAGCUUGGGAAGACGCUACUGGAUCGUAACACUGAGCUAGAGGAAUCUUUACAGCAAAUGUAUGCAACGAAUCAAGAGCAACUGCAGGAGAUAGAGUACCUCACAAAGCAAGUGGAGCUCUUGCGUCAGAUGAAUGAUCAGCAUGCAAAGGUAUAUGAACAGCUGGAUGUUACAGCAAGAGAACUGGAGGACACGAAUCAAAAACUAGUUGCAGAGAGCAGAGCAUCACAACAAAAGAUACUAAGCUUGACAGAGACUAUUGAAAGUCUGCAAACACACAUAGAUGACCUGCAAAGACAAGUAGAAGAACUGAAAAAGUCUGGACGAAGCCGGAUGAGCCAUGAGAGAUCUGACCAGCCAAGAUCAAUGCAUAGCUUCUCAUGUUUGAAGGAGCUGUAUGACCUUCGCCAGUAUUUUGUUUAUGAUCAUGUGUUUGCAGAAAAGAUUACCUCAAUGGAUAAUCAGCUAAGCCCCCUAGAAGAAGAAAAUGAGAACUUAAAAAAGGCAGUGACAGUUUUGCAAGCCCAACUUAAUCUAGAAAAAGAGAAGAGGGUGACAAUGGAAGAAGAAUACAGUCUCAUGGUAAAAGAAAACUGUGACCUUGAACAGAGGCUGGUUGAUACAGACUUAUAUCGGGCUCGUGCAGAGGAGCUGGAAGUGGAAGUCGCUGAAAUGCGACAAAUACUUCAGUCUGAAAACACGUUCCAUAAUGCGGAGAAAUUAGUGCCAGAAUCCUUUUUUAUUUCUUUCAAAGAAUCCUUAGAAAGGGAGCUUGGUCAGAGCCCCACAGAUGAUGGACUCCUGACUGUCUCAGAGCUUGACAAGAAGGCCCUGAAAAGAAGCAGCAGUGAAACCUUCCUAAGCAGUGCUGCAGGGGGGGACAUCCUAAGGGGCCACGAAGAAACGUGCAUCAGGAGGGCUGAAGCUGUGAAGCAGCGAGGAAUCUCUGUACUUAAUGAAGUUGAUGCCCAGUAUAAUGCUCUAAAGGUGAAGUAUGAGGAACUUUUGAAGAAGUGUCAGAUGGAUGAAGACUCUGUGAAACACAAGGCUGUACAAACACUGAAGCAGUAUUCCAAAGACCUUAAUGUGGGGAAUACCCAGUAUGAUCUUUUGGCUAGCAAUCAAGAAUUUACGAAUGUGGAACUAAGUGACUCUCCCACAAACGCUCUUCCUGAAUAUAAAGCACUCUUCAAGGAAAUUUUUAGCUGUAUCAAAAAAACAAAGGAAGAAAUUGAUGAACACAGAGCUAAGUACAAGUCUGUCUCUUCUCAGCCAUAACCCUGUACAUGCUGAUGACCUAUUCUCUGUAGAUAAUGUUAUCAAAAAGUGGGGAAAAAACUUCACAAAUGUCAGAAGGCCUCUUAUAUUGAUGUUUUGUUUUGAACACUCAAAGUGAAUGUUUUGGAUUAGCUUUGUAAAUAUGUAGUUAACAAGCUCGUUAGUUAUGGGCUAGUCUCUCUGUACCUAUGUAGCAAUAGAUUUAAUGUCUAGCACAAUCCACAAGCUAAAGAUUGUAAAGUAAACAAAUGUCACAGCUUCAUUUUCACACUAGACUUAAUCUCUGGCCACAGCAGUAACUGAUAAUCCAUCUUACUCAGUCCAUGUCAAAAAUAACAGAUCUAAGAAAUCUGUAUUGUUCCUCACAAGAAACUAGACUAAAGCUUUUGGUCACAGGUGAUGCCCUGUAAGUAUGUCGGUGUAGAAAAUAAACAAAAAUGGAACCCCAGAACACUAUGGGCAGCCUCUCCUUGGUUCUUGAGUAUGAAGUUAGCAGACUAAGUCUAGCUGAGCUUGCUUUGGCAGGGAGGUCGAGAGCUGGCACAGCACCUUGUACUGUGCGUAGUUGAAUCUAACCACAUUUUCACAUGCACUAAGCUCUCCCACAGGUUAUUAUAAAUGUCUUCCUACUAAAAAAAGAAUUGGAUGUGAAGUUUGUGCGACUCUUUAGGUAUGGUUUAUUAUUUAGGGCACUUUGUCUUAAGGCAAGAUACUGUGAAUUGAUUAAGUAUGUUACCUGGGAUUUAUUGUUCUUUUUUGGUGAUAUACCUGCAAAGUACACUUGUGUUUUUGUGUAUUUGGUAAGAUAGAAAGUUGGAAAUUAGCUAUUUAACUUUAGCAGUAGCAUUGACAUAGUGGAAUAGCUUUUUAGCUUACAUGCCACAAACUCCAAGUGCUUAAAGGUGACAGGCCAGGUAAAACCUUAUAAUACAGUUUUGUCUGCUGCUUCCAGCUUGAGCUUCUGUAGACCUAUUCCAUGUUGUUGGGGGAAGGGGGGGUUGACACAACUCUGCCAGCACAUAUCCUACUGAAAACAGGGGACCAGCUCUCAUUCUUCCUCUCCUCUACUCCCUAAUAAUAUUUUGUAGGAAUUCAAAUUCUAAAAAGCAAAUAAUAUGGAGAAGUAGCUUCUUUAAAAUGGCUUCAAAAUAUAGAAAAUAAAGGCUAAGAGAUUAAGGGGGGGAGGGGGGGAAAGGCAGCCUGAAAGGUGUCAUCCUUUUUAUAAUGGGUCUCAUAACUUAAUUUUGUCAGCUGUUCAUGGAAAGCAACUUCUUAAUGCCUGUCUGCUUGAGUUGCUGCAAUGUACCAGACGGCUGACACAGUGUUGACAACUUCUCAGCUUUAGUUCAACUGCUGCUAUUACAGUUUUGUCUGCCUUAUGUACACUGUUAAGCUUUUGUAUAGUUGUCCUUCAGUUGCAGUAUUAAGACUUCAUAGUGUGAGAAUUUACCAAAACAUGUAUUGCAUUCUAAAAACUAUUUAAAAAUGGGAAUCUGAAUUUUGUGAAUGUUUUUUUCUAAGCAAAUAAAUAAUCCAGUCAUGCUACAUGUAUAAGCUACUAAUUAUGCAAUGUCUAUGCAGAUCAGGAAACAGUAGACUUGGUGCAGAUGGCACCUUCAUUAUCUAGUGUUGCCAUCUCUCCCAGAUAGCUCAGAUGGAGUUCCCAUUAAACUUGUAUUUAAGAAGUUACACUAAAUGGGAAAGGACAGGCAUGCCUGGGAUAGAAAGCCAGAGGGAACUAACUACUUUCUCCUUGUUGUGGUGUUUGUCAGUACAGUUCUUGGGUGUGUUUUUAAAAAGUUGUUCCUCUGCCACCAGGUUAAGUAUAUAGUCACUGGAUCCUCAUCACCUGCAGCUGGAGCUCUGCCCCAAUUCAGAUACUAGAGAGCAGUAACCCUAAAUGAAAGCUGCAAUAGUGUUAGUUACCAACUAUUUACUACUAAAUUUAGGGGGAUGGAAAUCAAAGCGUGUUGUACCAGAAGAUAGGUGAAUGCAAUUACAAAUUGCUGAUUAACUGUUUGAUCUUCAAUGGCUUAUUACUGUUGGCUAACUUAUUGCAUUUUUAUGUACACAGCUUUCACCCUUUAAAACUAUUCAAGAUGUUCUCAGAUUUCCCUAGAACCACCUGAUUCUCUUGUAAUGUAACUUCCCCUCAGCCACCUGUGCUGUUGCUAAGCUCUGGCUGUACUUCAGCGUACUUUAACACUUAACUGUACAUCUCAUGCAAUAGAAAAGCCCAAGGCUGAGUUCCUCUCUUAAAACUUCUCUGACUGUGGCUUUGCCAGGGAGAAGCUGUAGGUGCGCAGCUGUAGGUCUUGCAGUGGCACCACAGCGGUGCUGGGCAAGCCCCAGCUGCGGGCGCAGAGAACAAGCCAUGACAAAGGCAGCAAAAGCUGCCUGAACCGAACCCCUCCCAGUUACACUGACACAGUGAAUAAACUGCAGUAGAGCAUUAGUUACUAAGUUAGAGGUUUAGCUGUUUAAACACUGAGCACAUCUUUCACAGAAAUAUGAACUGCUGUUAAGUACAGUAACAAUCAAUAUUCUUUGUCAAUCUUAGCCGGCUUUAACUACCUUAAUUCCCUUAUUUCAGUCAACAACUCCAUUUAGCUUUUUCUGAAAAUAAGUAGAUGAAAUUAGUAGAAUCACCUUUAGCUUCUCUCAUAUGGUUGAAAAUUAUACUAAACAAAAACCAUGAACUGUGGAAUAACCAUGUUCUACAGUUCUUACAAUGGAUGACUCCUUAUCAUGUUAUACCUGAACUUAAAUGAUAGACUUCUCAGAACAGAAAAAGAUCAGUUACUGUACUUUGUGCACCAGGCCCUUAUCUUGAUAACCAGCUCUAGGCAACCCUAAAGAAUAUGAUGCAAGCAGAAUAGUUUAAACUAAUUCAAAGCAAUUUAAGAGGUGGCUUAUUAUAUACCUCUACUAAAACUUUCCUGAGCUCUCCUUCCUUUACAAGCCUCCAAGUUAUUGCAGGAGCUAGGGCAGCUUCCCUUUCUUCACAAAUACAAGGGGGCUAGAGGAAGAUGUCACAGUUGACCUUCAAGAUAAAAUUUUAUUUAAAAAAGUUACACAAAAUAUAGGUUUUUACAUUGUUGCCAAACAUGAUAACUACAGCUGGAUACCUUCCAGGCAGUGUGUUCAGUUACUUACCUUGCUGUACCUGCAUACAGUAAUGUAAAAUAUGUCUCAAACAAAACCUGCACCAGUAAAAGGAAUCCAGUAGUUGUUCCACAUCUGUUUCAAACAUAAUUACUUUUCCAAAUAACUCAUUUCACAAACAACAGGUGAGAACACUUGCUAUGUAGUACAAAGUUUAAAGACAGCACUAUUUGUUUCCCCCACCCUCCCAUACCCUGGCUUGACAUUUUUCAUGAACAUCACUAUUUUCUCUUUAUAAAGUUGGGUGCAAGGGCUAUUGUAAUGCUCAGACUAAAGUAUGAGCGUCUAAAUAUUUAACAAGAACUGGGAGGUUUGUAAACAAUUUUAAUUUAUUGGCAUUACUUACAAAAUAAAAUAUUAGACCAUGAUUUUCCAUCA